UGUCCUGCAUGGUGCUCAUAUUCUUCUUCAGUAAUGAGGCAGAAGAAGAAGGACAAAGCAACUUGAAAAAGAUUGGGGAUUCCAUUAUCUCCUCCGCUUUCCAAGAAAGUCUUCACAUGGUAGACAGAGCUAUAUUCAACACUAUGAAAGGGAAUCAUAACCAAGGCACAGUCCAAUCCCCAGUGCAGAUUUUAUCAUUUUUCAAACAAGCUGAACCAGAGACUCAAGAGAUAUCAAGAGCUGCAGAACUUUUAGAAACAACUUUACACAUUUUAAAGAGCAGAACACCUAAGAGAAAUAAAAGAACCAUUAUGAUAAAAGAUCAUCUUUCCAUGAAGGACUUGAAGCUGAUUGCAAACCUGUCUGGAUGUCUUCCUUAUAUGCAGCCUCCUAUCUGCCCAAAUGGAUGUCUGGCUAGAAAAUACAGAACUAUCAGUGGAGCCUGCAACAACAGAAACCACUCCCAGUGGGGGGCAGCCAGCACUGCUCUGGCCCGAUGGCUUCCUGCGGAAUACGAAGAUGGGCGUAACCAACCUAAGGGCUGGAAUGCUGGAUUGUUAUACAAUGGCUUUCCACUUCCUCCAGUCCGGGAUGUAAGCAACAAUAUAAUGCAAACUUCAAAUGACCAGAUUGUGGAAGAUGACUCCUAUUCCCAAAUGAUUGUUGACUGGGGCCAAUACAUAGACCAUGAUAUUUCAUUCACCCCUCAGACCACAAGCAAAGCCAGUUUUGUGGAAGGAGUGGAUUGUCAAAAUACAUGUGAAAACUUAAAUCCUUGUUUUCCUAUUAAGAUUCCACCGAAUGACUCAUUUUCUGGAACGAGAGACUGUUUACCUUUUUUCCGUUCUUCUCCUGCCUGCUUCACUGGUGAUGAAGCUGUGCUCUUUGAAGAUCUCAAAAUGUUACCUCAAAGGCAACAGAUGAAUGCCCUCAGCUCCUUCUUGGAUGCCUCUACAGUUUAUGGCAAUAGCCCAUCCAUGGUGAGCAAGCUUCGGAACUUUUCAAGUCAAGAGGGCCUUCUUGCUGUGAACACAAAAUUCACAGAUAGUGGGCGCUCAUACUUACCUUUCGUGAGUAAAACCCCCUCUCCAUGUGCACAAGACCCAAGGGAUGCUGGUGGGGAAAGGAUUGAAUGCUUCAUGGCUGGAGACACUAGGUCAAGUGAAGUAAUCUCCCUGUCUGUUUUGCACACUCUUUGGGUCAGAGAACAUAAUCGGAUUGCUAAAGCUCUAAAAAAGCUAAACCAUCAUUGGACUGCAGAGACUACAUACCAGGAGACCCGCAAAAUCAUUGGAGCUUUGCAUCAGAUUAUAACCUUCAGGGAUUAUGUCCCCAAAAUUCUUGGAGCUGAUGCCUUUGAUCAGUACAUCGGUGUCUAUGGAGGAUAUGAUUCUUCUCUCAAUCCUACAGUUUCCAAUGUGUUUGCAACAGCAGCUUUCCGGUUUGGCCAUGCAACUGUUUCACCGGUCACACAUAGACUGGAUGAGAAAUAUCAGGAGCAUAACAAUUUCUCAUCUGUGAGUCUACAUGAGACAUUUUUCAGUCCUUGGAGACUGAUUAAAGAAGGUGGACUCGAUCCAGUAAUAAGAGGUCUAAUGGUGAACCCCGCUGUUGUUGUAACUCCAGACCACUUAAUGAAUGAAGAGCUGACAAAGAAACUGUUUGUGCUUUCCAGCCCUGGAGCUCUUGACUUGGCAUCCUUAAAUUUGCAGCGCGGCCGUGAUCAUGGGCUUCCAGGUUACAAUGCCUGGAGGAAAUUCUGUGGAUUUCCUACACUGGAGUCUCAGGCUGAUCUACACACUGUUAUAAGUAACGCAAGCAUAGUUCAGCGGAUAAUGGAUGUAUAUGGGCAUCCCAGCAACAUUGAUGUUUGGUUAGGUGGGCUAGUGGAGGAUAUUUUACCUGGUGCCAGAACCGGUCCACUGUUUGCAUGCUUAAUUGGAAAACAGAUGAAAAUGCUACAAGAAGGAGAUUGGUUUUGGUGGGAAAACUCUGGUGUAUUUACACAGACCCAAAGAGAAGAAUUUGAGAAACAUUCUCUCUCCCGAGUUAUUUGUGACAACAGUGGAGUCACAGAGGUCUCCCUCGACCCUUUCAGAUUGGGAAGAUACCCUGAGGACUUUUUUCCUUGUGAUCAAAUACCUGGAAUGAACCUUGACGCUUGGCAGGAAAACCUCAACGAAGAACGUACACAAUGUGGCUCACCCACAAAAAUAGAACAUGGAGAUUUUGUAUUUUGUUCCUCCCCUGGCAAGUUAGUGGUGAUGUACUCUUGUUACUUUGGUUACCGUCUGGAAGGUGCAGAGGAAAUAUUCUGUACAGAAAAUGGCUGGAGUGGUGACCCUCCUCUGUGCAAAGAUUCUGGAAUGUUGACCAAAGGAUAUUUUGUUAACAUUGUGAUGGCAUUAAUUGCAUUCAUAUCUUUGGUUUCCUUAAUAGCGGCUUGAUUUCAACACUGGAGGUCUAACAUUUCCAUAUAAAUGGAUACAAUAGGAAAAAGCUUUCACACCACUCACCUGAUUACAAAAUAAUUAAUGUUUUGAUGUUGAUAUUUCAAAAUAGACAUCAUGGACAGCUUUAAAGGAUACAACGCAUUGAUUUGAAAAAGAAUAUUUAAGUGUUUUUAUUUCCAUUAA